GCCCCGGGCCCACCUGCCACUUGAGUUGCCACCCACCAUGGGGAACCACUUGACCGAGAUGGCACCCACAGCGUCCUCCUUCCUGCCGAACUUCCAGGCCCUGCACGUCGUGGUCAUCGGACUGGACUCAGCUGGGAAAACCUCCCUUCUCUAUCGCCUCAAGUUCAAGGAGUUUGUCCAGAGCGUCCCCACCAAAGGUUUUAACACAGAGAAGAUCCGAGUACCCCUGGGGGGGUCUCGUGGCAUCACCUUCCAAGUGUGGGACGUGGGGGGGCAGGAGAAGCUGCGGCCACUGUGGCGCUCCUACACCCGCCGGACAGAUGGGCUGGUGUUCGUGGUGGAUGCUGCAGAGACCGAGCGCCUGGAGGAGGCCAAGGUGGAACUGCACCGGAUUAGCAGGGCCUCGGACAAUCAGGGCGUGCCCGUGCUGGUGCUGGCCAACAAGCAGGAUCAGCCCGGGGCGCUGAGUGCGGCCGAGGUGGAGAAGAGGCUGGCGGUGCGGGAGCUGGCAGCCGCCACGCUCACCCAUGUGCAGGGCUGCAGCGCCGUGGACGGGCUGGGCCUGCAACCGGGCCUGGAGCGCCUGUAUGAGAUGAUCCUCAAGAGGAAGAAGGCGGCCAGGGUGGGCAAGAAGAGACGGUGACCCCCCUCACCCCCCACCCCCAACAGUAGGGGUCUGGAGACUUGGAUAGAGCCAGGCAGAGCCUGUGACCCCCUCACUCAGCCCUUCCGGGUCAGGACCUGCCCACCUCAGUGAAGGAGUGAGGAGCACACUGGGGGUCCUGCUACCAUGCUGUGUGAGGGAUGGAGGUGGGAUGUCUUCCCCACGUCUCCCCUUCAUCCUCACCUCUGGGUGUCGGGGCACUGCAGGACUCUGGAGACGUCAGUGUAAACUGUGACUCUACCUCGACCCUCUUGUUUUGGCCUCUCCGGCUUUUCUGAUGGACUGUUCUGGGGGCAGAGGAAAGUUGCUUGGAGGGUGCAUUUGAGACAAACAAGAACUCUUCUCCCUGCCCCCCUGCCUUCCUCAGGGGAGUGUCCCCCACCCCAGGCUGCUUUUCAAGGGAGGCCAGUCACAAGUCUUUGUGUCCAUGUGAAAGUGCCGCAAACCCUUCCCUUCGCGUUUUACAGCCACAACCCUUUUAUAUGCCGCGUGUCUCUGUAUCAUUAUUCUUAACUAUUUUUUAGCAUUUGCCUGUAAGUUAUUAAAGAUGGAUGAAUCUGUAGCACUA